UGAGAAACUUGGUUGCGACCAAGAAUUAGCAACAAGAGCAGACGCAGAAGAAGAAACAGCAGAAUGAUAGUUACAAAGGCUUUGGUGUGCAUCGCCUUCCUGGCGCUCGCCAACGCACAGUUUGCCACCAACUAUGUGGCAGGCCGCAACGGCAUGGUGCAUCUGUUCGAGUGGAAGUGGGACGACAUUGCGGCCGAGUGUGAGAAUUUCUUGGGACCCAAGGGCUUUGCGGGCCUGCAGGUGUCUCCGGUGAACGAGAACGCUGUGAGUGGAAGUCGUCCUUGGUGGGAACGUUAUCAGCCCAUUUCCUACAAACUUGAAACUCGCUCGGGCAACGAGCAGCAGUUCGCCAGCAUGGUGAAACGUUGUAAUGCCGUGGGUGUCCGCACCUAUGUGGAUGUGGUCUUCAAUCACAUGGCCGCUGAUGGUGGCAACACUGGCACUGGUGGCAGCACUGCGCAGCCAAGUAGCAAGAGCUACCCUGCUGUGCCUUACUCGUCGCUGGACUUCAAUCCGACCUGCUCAAUCACCAACUACAAUGAUGCCACCAAUGUGCGCAAUUGCGAGCUGGUUGGUCUGCGCGAUCUUAACCAAGCCAAUUCUUGGGUGCAGGAUCGCAUCGUUGAUUUCCUCAACCAUCUGACUGAGCUGGGCGUCGCCGGCUUCCGUGUGGAUGCUGCCAAGCAUAUGUGGCCCCAGGAUUUGGCUGUCAUCUACAACCGUCUGAACAACCUUAAUACCGCACAUGGUUUUCCGUCUGGAGCUAAGCCGUACAUCUUCCAGGAGGUCAUUGACAUGGGCGGCGAGUCGAUCAGCAAGUUUGAAUAUACCGGAUUGGGUGCCGUUACUGAGUUCCGCCAUUCCGACUCCAUUGGCAAGGUGUUCCGUGGCAAGGACCAGUUGCAGUAUCUGAAGAAUUGGGGCACCGCCUGGGGCUUUGCCGACUCUGACCGCUCCUUGGUGUUUGUCGAUAAUCACGACAACCAGCGUGGACAUGGCGCUGGUGGCGCUGAUGUACUCACCUACAAGGUGUCCAAGCAAUACAAAAUGGCUUCCGCUUUCAUGUUGGCGCAUCCCUUCGGCACGCCCCGCAUCAUGUCCUCGUUUGACUUCACCGACACCGAUCAGGGUCCGCCCACUACCGAUGGCAACAACAUUGCCUCGCCCGUAUUCAAUGCGGACAGCUCUUGCAGCGGUGGCUGGGUCUGCGAACAUCGCUGGCGCCAGAUCUAUAACAUGGUUGGCUUCAGAAAUGCCGUCGAGGGCACCAGUGUGCAGAACUGGUGGGACAAUGGCAGCAACCAGAUCGCGUUCAGUCGUGGCAGCAAGGGAUUCGUGGCCUUCAACAACGACAACUACGACUUCAACAGCUCGGUGCAGACUGGCCUGCCCGCCGGCACCUACUGCGAUGUAAUUUCAGGUACCAAGAACGGCUCCUCCUGCACCGGCAAGAGUGUUACAGUGGGCUCCGAUGGACGCGCCACAAUUACAAUUCGCACCUCGGAAGAGGACGGUGUUGUGGCACUUCAUGUCAAUGCCAAGUUGUAAUCGAAAAAGUAUGACCUUAAUAAAGAGACCCUUUUAAAAACGAUAUCAA